CUGUACUUGUUCUGUAUUUGAGAAAAUCUGCUGUGUAUGGGCUUAGCCUAGCUGGGUCACUGACCUGUCUGAUCCUGGUUCAGAUUGAUUUAAAAGCCUUUUACUUGCAUUAGAACUUCCUUUAAUAAUUUAGUUGCCUGUCAAACCAUAGAAUUGUUAAAUGUCUUAUGAAUGCUGCUAGAUACCGUUUUGAGUACUUACUAGAAAGUAGAAACCAUUUAGAGUAGUUCUCAAAAAUGUGUUUUGCAACUAUUUUGUUAAUUUAUUUUUUCUAAUUGUUUUUGUCCCUAACUCUUAAGGAUUGUUUAUUUUCAGGAAGAUGACUAAGUUGACAAUUUUGAUUAAUUAUGAUGGGAAGUGGGUUAAUUCUUUAUAUAAGGGUGGUAAAAUGAAGGCAUUAGUUGCUGAAAAAGUUACUUAUGAGGAUGUUCAGGAUAGACUGCAUGAUAUUGUCAGGGUAGAUGCAAAUGAGUAAUGGAGUUAUAAUAAUGGCUGUAUAUUGUGGAAAACUCUUACCUAUCCCGUGGAGGUAGUAGAUAAUGGUGAUGUGACUGCUUUGAUUUGUUAGAGUCUUGCACGAGACUGGAAAAUUCCAUUGGUGCAUUACUGUUGAACGUAGGGUAUUAGUUUCUGGAAGUGGGAGUAUUGAACGUGUUCCAAUCUGCCUUACAACUCAAACUACCAAAAAUCUCAUUCAUGAGGUCCGCACACUGAACUGAAGAACAAAAUUCCAUUGCAAUCAAUGCAGAUCCAGUGCCAGUGGACUUCACUUCAGAGACUCAAGCAAAUUCGGAUUGUGGUGAUGGAUUGAGCCCUGAUGAUUCGGAAAAUGAUAAGCCGCAUGAUAAUAUAGAAGUUUAUGUGGAACGUAACAACCUGCGACAUGAUGAUGUGCCUCAUGACAACCUGCAAUUUGAUGAGGUGCCUCGUGCCAGCUUGCAAUUUGAUAAUGUGCUUCAUGACAGCUUGCAAUUUGUUGUGCCUUGUGACAAUAUGCAGCUUGAUGAUGUGUUUCUCAAUCCUCCUAAUUCUCCACCUUGUGCUCCAUAUUCACUUAAACUCACAGAAAAAGGGUUAAUGCGAUACUGAAUGUGGAGGGAGAUACAGAAGAAGUUAGGCCUUGCUGCGUUGGAAAAAAAAAAAUUGAGUUCAAAGUGAAGAGGUCCACAAAAGAACUAUUUGUAGUUGAAUGUGUGAAUGACAACUCUAUGCAUGCAAGUCUCCAGACUCUGAGAAUUUUAUGAUAACAAGAUAUCAUAGUCGCCACUCUUGUUCAGUAGAUGCUAUUCAUCACAGUCUUCAACAAGCGAGCUGGUGGCUUAUUGGUCAGUAUUAAAGUCGAAGUACGAGGGUGUUCCAUGCCAAUACAAACCAAAAGAUAUCGUCGAGGAUUUGCAGAAAGAUCUUGGGGUGAAUAUAAGUUAUAGGAAAGCUUGGAUGGCUAGCCAAUGUGCAUUAGAAGAUAUCAGGGGAUCACCAAAAGAAUUUUCCUGUACACGGCGGUCAUGCGAAGGGUACAAGAAGGAAGGAAUUAAAUCUCUUGGAGAAGAGCAGUCUACGCGGAAGUGUGGGAAAUGUGGUGCAACUGGUCAUUACUGUAAAACCUACAAGAACCGUAUUACUCUUCAUAUCAUUUCCAAAACUCGAAAUAUCUUCAAGCAAUGUGCCUGAAACAACGAAUGCAAACAUGGUUUUGAAGUACGUUAAUCAAAGCUCUUUUGAGCCAGCUUGAAAGUGUUUCAAGUAUAGAACCCGAAACCAUUGUAACAUUUGAAAUGGCUUUGAAAAGGCUACUUGAAACAAUUUGAAUCCAACCCAAAAAUGGUUUCAAGCAAAGUGAUAGGUAAAGGCUUACCCUCAAAAGAAACAGUACAUCAAUUGGGUAUGAUGCUUACCAUGUGCCACGUGAAAAAAAUGUUAUUUUGGCUUCCUGCUUGAGCAGUGAAGAAUGGCGGUGUAUGAAGGUAUGUCUUGUCUCUCUAUUCUAUUUUUGUGUUUUUAUGUUUUUUUUUUUGUUUCAAGAGUAUUUUGGUCACUUAAAGUCAACCCGGCUUUCCAAAAAAAAAACAAAAAUGAAAAAUGAAAAGAAAGAAGGAAACUGUAGGUAGAUAUAAUUAGAAAAGCCAGAUCUAAAAUCUCCUUAAAUUAGGAGAAAAUGAAUAUUCCAUAUUUGAGGAUUUUUAUAAUUGCUUAGACUUACUUAGGAUGUUAGCAGUUUGAUUAUCAGUUGUGUCAAUUUUGUUCUUAUAGGUUUAAUUUGAGUGUUUAGUUAUUAAACGUCUUUCAUAUUGGGCAACAAGUUUUACUUUAGAAAAUUUCUAUUGUCUGCUGGUUUGUUAACAAUUACAAAGUUUGAUGAAUGGCAAUUCUCUAUAGUUUUACUUGUACUUAUAUAGUUAUAAUACCCUUAUCAUACCAUUGACGUUAUGAUAAGGAGAUUUAAGCAAAAAAAGAAGUAAGCCAAGAGUUGAUUAUGCACUCUAUGAUGUUAAGACCAAUUCAGCUCUAAUGAUGCUUUUACACUGCAGCAUCCUGUUGUAUGUGAGCUUCUAAAUGACUUAAGAUAUAUGUGCACACACAGUACUUAUGUAUAUAUCUACAUACACCAAAAUAGGCCGUACCUGGUGUUGUUUCUGGCAAAGAAAGGUCCUAGGAACAGAAAUCUAGAUAUGGAGGUCCUAAGCUUAUUAUGUGUGAAGCAAGGUACACAUGAUACAAGACAGCUGAAGUGGACUCAAACAUAUUCCUUUGCAAAAUGUUAUUUAAACACAAAUUUACUACAGCGGACUAAGACAAGGUGAUUAUGGGCUGUCAGAUAUAGCCAAGCAAAUACUAUCAAAAUUGAUGACUUAAUCAACUUCUGCUCUUAAGGGGUACUUGACUGCUAUUGAUCUCUGCAUUUCUGGUGUCACAUUAUUAAACCUUGUCAGAGGCAUAUGAGUGACCACUCCCCUGUGUUUCUAUUCACUAUACAUCCACAUUCAAAACUGGAAUGAGUUACUAUCUGAUAUCCUUGGGAAUUGCAGGCUAUUAAAGAAAGAACUAUGCCUGCAUUUUACAAGUAUUGAAUAUGACACUGAGGCACCUGUUUUCAUUCUACGUUUCUUUGCGACUUGCAAUUUCCAAUAUUAUCCUCUAACAGAUGCAAAAGGUGUUAGUGACAGGUUGUUUCAUGACCUUGUUAUAGCAGGUGUACUAUCUGUAGUUCUAUGACAUUUGUUUUGCAAGGUGUUCAUGCAUUGUUGAUUUUUUAAAGCAUUAAUGGCUCUUCUUCAUUCAGAUUCUUGCUGAUAGGAUUGCUUUAAAGUUUCUCCUGCAUGAGCUUUUCGUGGCAACUUUUUUUUUUCCCGUUUGUAUUCUUUGUGUUCUUUUCUCAAAUGCGUUUUUAUGAGAAUUGUCAUUUACCAUUUAUUAUUCUUAACCACUAUGUCCUGUAGCUUCCCUGCAAACUGAUACAAUAGAGGUAAGGAGCAAGGCACUCUUCCUCAUCGCUUCAUUGUUUGUGCUUCUGCUCCUGCUAGUUUUUAUCUUCUUCUUCUUUUCCUUCUUCUGAAAGGCCUCAUUAAGGGUCUCCGUGUUUGCUCCAACAAUGAAUUUCCUUUUGACCCCUAACAAAGGAAAGGAAGAGAAGCAUAUGGGUGUCCAAUGCUUGUAUUGCAAAAAGGUAUUCAAAAAUCACCAGGGUCUAGGGGGCCAUCUUAGCGCUCAUCAGGAAGAGAUCAACUCAAAGAGGAGCUGGAAUUAUCCUAGCCAUUUCAGCAACUCAGUAAGCAUUACUAACAAUAGUCCUCAACCUUUCAGCAUGCGUCAUCCUGAAAUUUUUUCUGGAGGCCCUCUCUUCAGUGAGGUAACCCCUCCUUUGGAUUUCUCCAGGAGACUCUACUCAAAUGAAAAUAGCUGGGUGAAUAUAAGCAGGUUCUAUGAGAACAAUAUGAGCGCUAUGCCUCCAAAAUGUUCAUCUAGUAGUGGUCAUGCUGAAAUCCAAAAUUCUAAACCUUUAUCCUUCAUAGCACCUGCUCCCUCGGGUAGCAUGGUACCAAUUAGUGUUUCUUUGGAUCCUCCAUUCUGUUUGGUCUCAAAUGGAGUUUGUCAGUUUAAUACUGAUCAAUUUCGAUCUUUUAGGGAUGGUAUGCCAUCCUUUUCUGCAAAUGCCAUGCCAUACUUUCAGGAUCACAACUGUGGUAUGAUUCCAUAUCCUGUGAAUGCUGUAACUGAUCUUCAUCCAGGUCUCAGCUCAAAACAGUCACUUUGCUUCAAGGAACCUAUUACAUUUGGUUCCUUGCCUCCACAUCCCAGUGAAUCUUCAGGCCAAGGUGAAAUUGGUCGGUAUAAGACACAAACUGUCUCAACCUCUAAAGGUCGCAAGAAGCACUGCUUAGGUGGAGCCGGAGGAAGUGCUGCUGAGAUAAUGAAUCCAUCAAAAAGGCCUAAGAAAAACUCUGAGUUGUUGAUGGAAACAGAUAAGCCUCCACAUCCCAGUCAAUCUUCAGACCAAGGUGAAAUUGGUCAGUAUGAGACACUAAUUCUCUUAACCUCUAAAGGAGGUAAGAGGCACUGCUUAGGUGAAGCUGGAGGAAGUGCUGAGAUGAUGAAUUGUCAAUGGAAAAGGCCUAAGAUCAACUCCGAGUUGUCAAUGGAAACCGAUAAGCCUCCAAAGAGAGAGCUUCUGCUUUUUAAAGAUGUGGAGAACUGCUUUUCCAAGGCAGGAAUAUCUUCUAAUGCGGAAGAAGAGGAAGGCCAAACGGAUCUCGAUCUCUCUCUACAUCUGUAGCUUCAUACUGGUCUUAUUUAUACAGAACUCCAAGUGACAAUGGAAACAGAUAAGCCUCGGAAGAGAGAGCUUAAAUUUCUUUUAAGAUGAGGAGAACUCCUUUCUGGGUCAUGUAUGUCAUUUUAUGCAAAAGAGGAAGGCCAAAUAAAUCUAGAUCCAUCUCUAUAUUUGUAGCCUUAUAACUGCUUUGUUUAUACAAUGUGUUUUCUAGCAGUAAAUAUAUUACAUAUACAUGGGUUUGAUAGAAGGAAUGAACUCUCCCUCCUCUCUCUCUCUCUCUCUCUCUCUCUCUCUCUCUCUCUCUCUCUCUCUCAAAA